GCGUGGUUGAUAUGCGAUCUCAUAAUGUGUAAUAUAAUAUUAGUGUUUAGUCUAUUAGGACUUUUAAGUGGAAUUAGUGCACAGAUAAUACAAGCAGGACAAUGCAACGAUAACAUAGCCCUGCAGGCUAACUUUAACGGGGAGACGUUCGCUGGUGACUGGUAUGUGGUGGGAAGAACAGACGACCCCGACGUCGGGGGUGAUUGCUCAACAUUAACAGUGACCCGAAACAAUGCCACAUCCUUUGUCUUCACAAGUACUACAGUCGACAGGAAUUUUCAAGAUAUUCAGAACUAUUCCGCGACUCUUGAGACAGGGUCAGCGAGAUUCACCCUAGGCACAACAUCAAAUAGCAUGAGCUUUUGGAUACUCGGCACAAAUUACAAUGAUUAUGCAGUGGCAUAUAAUUGUGAUACUGUUAACACUACGCACAGAAGUGUCUACAUCUGGCAUCUGGGAAGAAGUCAGGAGAUCAAUUCGAUAUUUAACAACAUGAUGAACAACUUGGUUGCUCCUCUGGGUAUCAGCCUGUUCGAAGAUCUUAGGAGUACAAACUACUCUGAAGCUGCCUGCUUCGCGCUCCCGUACAUACCGGCCGGACAGCCUAUCAUACUAGCUGGAGAGUGCGACCCGAAUAUCAACUUGCUGACCAACUUAAAUAUCAGCUUGUUCCUUGGCACUUGGAAUGAGAUCUACAGUUACUAUUCAGAAAACGCAAACGGAUCGUGUGCCCGCGCAGAGUACAGCGCUGGUAACGGCGUGGUGAACGUUGUGAAUAGUCAAGUGUACAACCAGACCCUGGAUACCAUCACUGGCUUCGCAAAUGUCAGUGCCGAUAACCCUGCUAAAUUGAAUGUCACCCUUAACAUUACUCCGAAUAUCACUAUAAGUCAAGACUUAUGGGUCAUAGACACGGAUUAUAUCAACUACGCGAUAACGUACAGCUGUGUACAACUCACCAAUAAUACAAAACGAGUUUUCAGUUGGAUACUGAGCAAAAAUCGUGAAUUAUCUUGGGAGACCCAAGUAGCUGUGAACCAAGUGGUGGAUUCUAUACUUGACCUUAAUUUCAACUACUAUCAGCCGACGAAUCAGACUGACGACGACUGCUUCUACUUCCCUGAACAUGCUGAUGACAGCCCCGUGGUCUUCCGUGGAGAAUGUGAUAUGAAUAUACCUGCUGUUCCCAACUUUAACCUUCAAAAUUACACGGGUUUAUGGCACGAAAUUGAGUCAUACCCGUCUCUAUUCCAAGAUGGCACGUGCAGUAAUGCCAACUACACGUUAUCUGGUGGACAACUAGACGUUCGGAAUACACAAGUCGUUUACCAAACGCUCCAAGUUAUGAGAGGAUCAGCUGUGUCAAAUACCACCGAUGGAUCUGGAAAGUUCCAAGUCACCUUCCCUGUCAAUGGAACUAACGGUACCGUCAGCAUGAGCUACUGGGUCUUAGCUACAGACUACACAAACUACGCUCUUGUUUACACUUGUGAAUACAACAGUCUCCGCCAUGAGAGACAAGUCUGGAGCUGGAAGUUGAGCAGGACUAGGUCCUUGUCGACAGAGAACAGCACGGCAAUCAACAACGUCAUUGCUAACAUCACCGUACUAGACCAGAGGUAUUACGUCACCAGGAACCAGACAGCGGAGGGAUGUUUCUACUACCCAGAGGCACAGGAGGGCGUGCCCGUUGUCAUGCCAGGACAAUGUGAUCAAACCAUUCCCGUGGUUACCAACUUCAAUAUGAGUCUGUUCAGUGGUACGUGGUAUGAAAUCGAAGCCUACCCACAAGUACAAUCAGGCGACUGUGUCAACCACAGAUACGAAUUUGCAAACAACGAUGUUUAUGUCUUAACAUCGUUCAAUGUAAACCAGUUCCUGCAAAAUUCAUCUCGUAUGCUCCAAGGAAAUAUGACAGAUGGAAGUGCAAGAUUUAACCUGACCAUCAGCAAUGGAAAUAAUGAAACAGUUGAAAUACCCUUAUGGAUCCUUGCCGUGGACUAUAACGAUUUCGCUUUGGCUUACAGCUGCAUUAACCAAGGCAAUGACUACAGAGCAGUUUACAGUUGGAAACUAAGCCGAAAUCAACAGGAACUGUCAUUAUUGGCUAAUAUUACUAUCAACAAUGUGAUCGACAGUAUUGAUGUCUUAGACGACCAGUAUUACUUCCGUGUUGACCAGUCAGAGUUGGCAUGUGCUUCCUUGCCAGUGAUCCCAGCAGGACAACCAAUCAUAAUAGAUGGCCAGUGUGAUCCCAAUAUUCCUGUGGUAUCGAACUUUACUGCAGAUAGAUACCUAGGACAAUGGCACCUGGUUGAAAGUUAUUGGUCAGAAUUCCAGAAUGGAGAUUGUAUUGACGCCGAUUACUCUCUCGGGCAGAAUGGCACAAUCGUGGUGUUAAACACACAAGUUGUUAAUCAGACACUUAACACUAUCACCGGUACAGCAGAAGUAAUUGCCAACGGCAAGUUAAACGUUAUGUUCCCCAAUGCUACUGCACUUGAGUACUGGAUCAUCGACACUGACUACGAUUCUUAUUCGUUAGUUUACAGCUGCGUUAAUGUCACUGCCACAACACAACAAGUUUGGAGUUGGAAAAUGAGUCGCACAAGAUCUUUAUCGGCUAACGCGACCACUGCAAUCAACGCAGCCAUCAGAAACAUCAGAGUGCUCAACAAUGAUUACUAUUCUCCCAUCAACAACACUGACAAUGCUUGCUUUUACUUCCCUGAACCCAAUGGUCUACCGGUUCGGUUCCGUGGUCAAUGUGACGAAUCUAUUAGUGUUGUUACCAACUUCAACGCAACUCGAUAUGAGGGUAGGUGGUAUGACAUCGAGAGCUACCCACAAUUCUUCCAACAAGGUUUCUGCCCCACAGCUGAUUACACUGUUCGUGAUGGUGGAGUGGACGUGUUCAAUACACAAGUGGUCAACUUGACACUAGAUACAAUUGAAGGAAGAGCAGUGUUUCUGAAUAGCACCGAUGGCCUAGCAAAGUUGAAUGUCACCUUCCUGAUUGCAGGCACUAACUUUACAGUCGCUUCUCCUUACUGGGUGUUAGCCACUGACUACGAUAACUAUGCUCUCGUAUACGCGUGCCAGAAUAACCCAGACAACACUCGCAACGUAUCCAGUUGGAAGCUAAGCAGAAACAGGACCUUGUCUACGACUUCUCAGACUGCUAUCAACAACGCCAUCAAUAAUGUUGAUGUUCUUCGAGAUAACCUCUAUGAGAUCAAGGGCCAUACAGAUGAGGAGUGUUUCUACUUCCCCGAAGUAACCGGAGAACCCCUGGUCUUCCGCGGCCAAUGCGACAAUAACAUCCAAGCUGUGCCAAACUUUGAUAUUGGAGCAUUUGCUGGAGUCUGGCAUGAAAUCGAGACGUAUCCAAAGGCAGAAGCCGGUGGUCACUGCAUCAGCCAUCAGUUCGUUAAUAGUACUAACACGAGCAUGCUGUUGACAAGCAACCAAGUCUUCAAUUCCGAAACCCUGGUUACCAACACCGGUCAACUUAUUUUGUCUUCUAAUGACACUAGCGGCCGGUUUAACCUCAGUAUGGUUGUGAAUGGAACGACUAUCAGUAUUCCCUACUGGAUUCUUGCGACUGAUUACACGGACUACGCUUUGGCAUACAGUUGUAUGGACAGACCAGACGGGCGCAGAGCAGUCUACAGCUGGAAACUAAGCAAGUCCCAACAGCUGUCGGUCAAUGCCACAGCUGCCAUCAACACGACAAUGGCAUCAGUAGACGUCAUCGAUCAGCGGUAUUUCGAGCCGGUAUCCCAAACGAGUGAUGCUUGCUUCUACUUCCCUGAUAACAUUCAGCCUAACUCGUUCGUCAUCUUACCAGGACAAUGUGACCCUAACAUCGCUGUUGUCCAGAAUUUCAAUGCGACUGCGUUUUCCGGUCAAUGGAACGAUAUUGAGAGUUAUUUCGACGGCAAUAACGGAACCUGUGUCGAUGGAAGACUAGCAGAAACCGUCAACGGAUUCAAUAUAAGCGUGACUCAAGUUAUUAAUAAUGCUUUGAACACCGCUUCUGCAUCAGCUGUCCUGGCUGCAAACAACACUGGGAAAUUGGUCGUCACCUCAAACAAUGAAACAGUGGAAUACUGGAUAUUGAACACUAACUACAGUAGUUGGGCAUUGCUCUACUCCUGCCAGAACGUCGGAAGUAACGAAAGACUAGUGCGAAGCUGGAAACUAAGUCGAACAAGGGAGCUGACUCCAGAGGCAGUCAUCUCUAUUAACAACACAAUGAACAACAUCAAUGUGUUAGACGAUCGAUUCUUCUACCCUGUAAACCAGACCGCUGAAGGUUGUUUCUACAUGCCGGAACCAACCGGGUUGCCAGUGCGGUUCAGAGCGCGCUGCGACCAGGGUAUACCGGUUGUUCAGAACUUCAAUGUUACUAGGUAUCUCGGACAAUGGUUCGACGUUGCAAGUUACCCUCAGUUGUUCCAAGAUGGAGAAUGCGCCUCUGCUCUCUACGAAGCUGGUUCGGGUGGAGUUGUACUCGUACAAAAUAGGCAAGUGGUGGCUCAGCAGUUAGACACAAUUAAUGGCACGGCCGUAUUAGCUAACUCAACUGAUGCCUCAGCCAGGCUGAACGUGACCUUCGUAGUUAAUGGAGUACCGAUUACAUCCCCAUAUUGGAUUCUAGCUACCGACUAUGAUACAUAUUCUUUCGUCUAUUCCUGCUCAGAAAUUGACGAAGAAUACGUAUUAGUGUCGGCGUGGAAACUCAGUAGGAACACGACUCUCUCAACGCCAGCGGAAACUGCAAUCAACAGCAUUAUAAACACAAUACCAGUACUUGACCAGCAAUACUUUAAUCCUGUUAAUCAUACUGAGGAGGCCUGCUUCUACUACCCUGACUUCGGAGGUGGCCCUAUCUACCGCCCAGGACAGUGCCCGAAUCCGGAGCAAGUCCCAGCUGUUAAUAACUUCAACCCUAACUUGUUCAAUGGUACCUGGCACGAGUUUUCCCGUCUUCCAUCUGAGCUUCAGAACGGAGAUUGCGCGUCUGGUCAAUAUAUCUUCAAUAACACCUUCAGGAUAACACAAAAUAUCGUUCGAAACGAAAUAUUGUUCUCUGUUGAGGGAGUUGGUGAACUGAAUGUUACAACAGGAGUUAUUCAGAGUUUCAUAAAUGGUACCCAAUUGAACCUGUACAUCUUGGACACUGACUACACCGAGUUCGCAAUACUAUACAGUUGCAGAAAUGUCGACAGCCAACAAAGACAAAUUUACAGUUGGACGCUUAGCAGAUCCCGUGGCUCUCUCUCAGCUAAUGCCACCAAUAGGAUCAAUGCCGUGAUCUCCAGUAACGAUGACCUCUUCUGGAACGAUUAUCGGGACACAGACCAAAGCGACGCCGCAUGCUUCUAUUACCCUGACUUUUACCCAGAGUUACCUCGCUCUAUUGAGUUACCCGGACCUUGCAACAGUACGAUCAGAGGAGUAACUAAUUUCAACCUUCAAUUCUAUCUAGGUAGAUGGUUCGAAAUCGCGAGGUACCCUAAUACGAUGCAAGUCGGCUCAUGCGCUCGUAGUGUAUACAGUCAAAACAAUGGCACAUUGGAGAUACACAAUUCGGAAGUCAUUAAUCAACUCCGCUUGGUAGAACGUAACGGAACCGUGGUCGCAGCCAAUGAUUCUUCAGGCUUGCUUCACGUUACCUUUGACUUUUUUGGAGACUACGAUUACUACAUCUUAGGCACCGAUUACACAAACUAUGCGCUGCUCUACAGCUGUCAAAAUCUAACCAACGGAAACAGAUUAGUUUCCAGUUGGCAAUUGAGUAGAGACAGGACGCUAACUCCUCAGGCUAGCCAAAGCAUCAACACAAUAAUUGCCAACACUCAAGGACUUUCGCAUGCGUACUACAAUUCUACUGGCCAGAGCAACGAGGACUGCUUCUACUUCCCACCUCGCGACCCUGACAACCACGUAGUCUUCAGAGGACAAUGCGAGAACGUGACGGGAGUCCAAAACUUCGAUAUUCAAAGGUAUCUCGGCUUCUGGAAUGAAAUCGAACGAUACCCAACGAAUGAAACCGUUGGUAACUGUAUCACUGCCAACUUCACAUCUAUCAACGGCACAAUACAAGUGGUAGACCAGAGUGUCUCCGGAUUAACUGCAAAUAUGGCCACCACUUACGUAGUAGCCACAAAUAAUGGAAGACUCACGAGGACACAAACUAUUAAUGGUACCACAGUAACUACUGAAAUGUGGGUGUUGGCAACUGAUUACGAGACGUACUCCUUCCUGUACUCUUGUGAGAACAUAGAUGAUGAGUACCGACGAGUAUGGAGUGCGAAACACAGUCGCACACGGAGUUUAACGCAAGCAGCUAACAACGCGAUCAACCAAGUCAUGGCAACCAUGGACGUUCUACAUGAACAGUAUUUUAAUUUCGUCACUCACACGGAUACUUCUUGCUUCUACUUCCCUGAAGCUACGGGCGAACCCGUUAUUAUGCGGGGACGCUGCGAUACUACCAUCCCCGUUGCUCAAAACUUUUCGAUGGAAGAGUUCACAGGCACCUGGUACCAAACUGAAAGGUACCCUCAAACAGACGAGACUGGCAACUGCUCUGGUACCCGUUACACCAUUCAUGGAGGCAUACACGUUCUGAAUUGGCAAGUGAUUGACGGCGAACUUGAUGUCAUUCAGGGCACUGCUACCCACAGAACUCUUAACGACCCUGCCCGACUCAUCCUCGAAUUCCCCGGGAGAACUGAAGACGGCAACAUUACUGGCACCAACGUAACGUCGAAUCUGUUCGUGUUAGCUACGGACUACACGACAUACGCGCUGACCUACAGUUGUGUCAACAUCAACGACUUCCAAAGACAUCUGGCGGUAUGGAAGCUGAGCCGAACCAGGACCAUGCCAGCAACUGGCACCACUGCCAUUAACGCUUACAUGGCCCAGAGACAAGAGCUGGACCAGAGGUACUUCAUCACCGUGCCUCAGAGCGAGGAUUGCGAUGAACCAAGCUCCAGCUACUUUGUCAAGAGCAGUAUUAUGGUGAUACUAGUAUCUAGCAUCUUGCAGUUGCUACAGCGACAAUACUAGUUCUUUGUAAAGGCAAUUUAGCUAUCCAAUCAGCCUUUGUGGGAGUUUAGUUUUAAGAAAAAGAAAAUAUGUUUUUAUUUAUUUUUUAUAUGGAAUAAAUUGUUUUUGCAAUCAUUA